AUGAACAACACCCAGCCCAGCUCUGUUACCUUCUUCAUCCUCCAAGGUCUGGGUAGUCUGGGGGAGAAGAAGAUGAUCCUGUUUGUCAUCUUCCUGCUGGCCUACACCAUAAUACUAGGAGGAAACAGCAUGAUCAUCUACCUGGUGCGGACUGACCCAAAGCUGGGCUCCCCCAUGUACUUUUUCCUCCACAACCUGUCCUUUGUGGACAUGGUGUAUACCACGGUCACCAUCCCUAACAUGUUGUCAGGCUUCCUGACUGACGUCAAGAUUGUGUCCUUCCCCGGCUGCUUCCUCCAGAUGUACAGCUUCAUUCAACUUGGCCUUACCGAUCGCGCCCUUCUGACUGUCAUGGCCUACGAUCGCUAUGUUGCCAUCUGUAAUCCUCUCCGGUACACCACCGUGAUGACCCGCCCUGUCCGUCUGCUCCUCAUCGUCGGAGCGUGGACCUUCGGUGCUUUCUUUACCUUACCAGCAAUUACCAUGGCAACGCAGCGUUCGUACUGUGGACCCAAUGUGGUGCGCCACUGCUGGUGUGACCCGUCCUCACUGAGGGUUCUGGUGUGUGGGGACACACAGGUGGAAAAUAUGGUGUCGCUCUCCUCUGCGGUGAUAUCACUACUUACCACAGGCCUGCUUAUCCUGAUUUCCUACAUCCUCAUCGUUAUGGCGAUCGCUAAAAUGGGCGCUACCCAGCGACUGAAGGCAUUCACCACCUGUGUUGCCCACCUGACAGUUGUCACUAUAUCUUACACCUCUGCCGCGUUCGUCUACAUCUCCUACCGUGUGGGAAACAUCUCUCCAGAGGUGCGUAUCAUUGUGUCGGUUCUGUACUCAAUUCUGACUCCGUUCCUGAACCCGAUGAUCUACAGCCUGAGGAACAAGGAGCUGAGAGAUGCCAUCAAGAGAGCAUUCUGCCCACACACAGACAUUUUGCCACAGGGCUGCAAAACACUCAACAUAAUGUCUUGACACAAAAUACAUUAUUCUAUCAAUCACAUUUUUUAUUAAAAUAAUUGUAUAAACCCCCUUUUACAACACCAGCAAGAAACAGAAAUAUUAACAAAAUGACCUCAAAACACUCAAUCCAACAUACUGACCAUAAAACACUCAACACAUCUAUCAAUCACAUUUUUAUGAAGCCUUUUUAUAUAUGCAGCAAAGCCAUAGCAUUUAGCAGUCACUUAUUCUAAAUCUGAAAAAGGCAACUUCUAAAUGUAAUGCAGCAAUUAAGGCAUAACUUAUCUAAAUCUGACUUGAGUAUCCACUUUCUGUGCCUGUGACUGUCUACUACUAUUAGAUGGUGUCCUUCUAUCCCCAUUACUUGUAUUCCAUUGACCUCUUUACCACAUCUAUGAUUGAUUGUUCGGAAAGCAGAACAACUUCAUCUUUAUUUAUCCAGCUUUACACAUGUUGUGAAUUAUACAUCUUAAUACAUUUGAGUUAAUAGCUCAAAAUUCAAAUGGAAUUGCAUUGUGUGACAUGGAAUGUAACUAUAUUUGUUUUUAAUGUAUCAUAAAUAAG